AUGGAUUUCUCUUCGGUAAAAGCUAUGUUGGAUUCGAAGUCGUACGAGAAAGUUGCGGACGUGUGCGAUAACCUAAUGCUUCAGGUUGCAGCUGAUGGCAUUGCUUAUCAGGACGAUUGGCCCUACGCCAUUCACCUCCUCGCUCACAUUUACGUUCACGACAUCAAUAGUGCGCGCUUUCUUUGGAAAUCAAUACCUUCCUCAAUCAAAGAGAGCCAGCCCGAAGUCACCGCGGUUUGGAAAAUCGGUCAGAAGCUCUGGUUACGUGACUAUGCUGGAGUGCAUGAGGAAAUCCGUGGCUUUGAUUGGACUCAGGAUCUCCAAGGCCUAGUUGCUGCAUUUUCAGAACUUUACACGAAGGAGAUGUUUCAGCUGCUUCUCUCUGCUUACUCAACAAUAAGCAUCAAAGACACUGCUUUAUUUCUGGGAAUGAACGAGGAUGAUGCUACAAACUAUGUACUACAGCAAGGCUGGACAGUGGACCCUGCCUCUCGUAUGCUUAUUGUGAAGAAGCAACCUGUUGUGACCGAGCAGAAACUUGAUCAUAGUAAAUUGCAGCGAUUGACAGAAUAUGUCUUCCAUCUUGAGCAUUGA